AUGCUGUGGUGGCCUUCGGUUGACGAAGGCGAGGGAGGGUGUCGAAAGAGGUGUAUCGCUGAGGGUGGGGCCAUGAAGAGUAAGAAGAGAAUCGCUGGUGAACUAAAUGUCCAAAGAGAAAAGGAAAUCGCUGGUGGACAAAUGUCCAAAGAAAAAAAGGAAAUCGCUGCUGGACCAAAGGCCCAUACAAAAAAAAAAAAGGAAAUAAGAAAGAUUCACUGGUGGACUCGGGGUCCAGGAAAAAAAGGUCCUGAAGUGAAACUCGAAAGAAGAAUGCCUAGAAAAGCGCAAAAUGUUUUUGGAUUUUAG